AUGAACAGGAUUGAGGAGCUAGAGAGGCGGCUUCGUGAAGCGGAAGAACGUGCCGAGAAGGAGCAGCAGCGUGCCGAAGAAGCAGAACGGGAGCGCCAAAAGGAGAGAGAUCGUGCCGAGAAGGAGCAACAACGCGCCGAAGUAGCAGAACGGGAGCGCCAACAGGAGCAACAACGCGCCGAAGAAGCAGAGAUACAGACGCGACCGACCACAUUCGACGAGUACAUCGCUGCUUGCCACGACCAUGUCUUUCGCCAGUUCAGAGUGGAAAGCGACCGGAAGCUCACGUCGAGAGGUUCGAUCACUAACCCCCGAAACAAGCUAUGCCCGACUAGCCUAGAACCAUGGUCAAACUUCUUGGAACUGCAGAGGAGCGUCUUCGAUAUCCUUUACGGGUGUGUGCCCCUCGACAACCAGGUAUUCGAGAGCCGAAACUUCCUGGCCGGUCUCGGAAGGCGGGUGGCCCAGCGAUCGAUAGCCGAUGAGAAGACGCUUGAGUACUUCAUGCAUAACAGUGUCGAAGAUCCUGUCAGAGUCAUCAUGGAUAAACUUAGACAAGUUAACGAAGUACGCGAAGCAUUCGAUGUGGGAAACGGCAUCGUCUUCGAGAACCACCCGCACGCCAUCAGCGAUGUUGCAGACGAGGUCAUGUUCAGGGAUGGCGCGUCAACGCCGCCGCAAACACCGGACCAUCGGCAAGGUCUUCAUCGGCUGCGGCCCGACCAAAUCUGCAUAUAUCGAUCGGGCAAUGAAUCAUCGCCCGAGCAGCGGGCAAUGAUUUUUGUAUCCGAAUAUAAGGCUCCCCACAAGCUCACGGCUCCGCACCUUCGCGCUGGACUACGGCCGAUGAACAUCUACAAGGAGGUCGUCAAUCGGAAGACAGUCCCGACGUCCGUGGACCCGGCCGGCCGGUUUGCAUAUCACGCAGAGAGACUGACGGCCUCUGCCCUCACUCAGACAUAUCAUUACAUGGUCCAGGGCGGUCUCAAAUACGGGCUGCUAACAACCGGUGAGGCAACUGUCUUCCUGAAGGUCGACUGGACGAAGCCUGAGACGUUGCAUUACCACCUUGCAGAGCCUGGGCCAGAGGUGCUGGCUCACCCAGAGCAUGUGCAGUCCAGCUCUGCCGUUGGACAAUAUCUUGCGUUUAGCUUGAUGGCAUUAGGUAGGCCAGGUGAACGUGUCGAACACGGUCAGGAUGAGCGCGAUCGAGCGAUGGGGAAUCUGCGCAGGUGGGCAGAGGAUUUCGAAACGACACUGCGGUCGAUUCCUGAGAGCGAACGCGUGGCAUCGGACAGUGCGUCCAGCUGGGCACCUACGACAUAUGAGGGCUUUGACCGGUCGCCAAUUACAGACCGAGGAAGGAAACGCCGUCGAAGCAGAAGAGGCGGUGAGCACCAGAAGAUUGCGCCAAGACGAAAUCAGUCGGAGUCAUCGGACGACGGGUCUGGAUAUCAGCCUCCAGUCAGCGGAUCCUAG